AUGGGAGACGAAUGUUCAAACCCACAUCUCCUCGCUAAGCCCGGAAGCUCGCCACAGUGGGAUCAUGGGACGCCGAGGGAAGAGGCUGAGAACGAGUCCGGCACCCGCGUUCCUCGGGUUUUAAAAGCACAUCUGGGGCCAGAGACUACAUAGCCAACUAAACGGAGUAAACGCGACAGGUGGAGGAGGCAGAGUUGUCAGGGGCCAAGCCCCGCGCGAUCUGGCCAGGUCUUGGGGAGCGCGGACCUGGGACUGCAGAGAGGCGUUUUGAAGCGUGCUGCGCGCACCUGCCUCUCGGAGAUACUCGACUCCACCCGGGCGUCUCCCGAGAGCCCGCAGUCCACAGACCCCGGGAGGGCUGCCUGCCCUAGGACACGUCCUCUCUCGACCCCUCACUCUUUCAAAACUGGGGAAGAGGCGGAGGGGAUGAAAAAGAAGAAAGAGAGGAGAAGGAAAGAGAGAAAGAAGGAAAUAAAUUUUAAAAAAAUAUAUUAA